CGAAAUCCGUAACCUACUUGGCUUAGCUUAGCUUCGCUUCAACCGCCUUACAAAGACAUUUUUGUAUCAAUAUUUCAUGGCGGUUUUCUCAGUGCGCCCAUAUAUAUAAAUAACCGCUAGGCCUUUCUUUUCUUUUGUUCUUCCUUCUCAAGAAAAUCAAUUGCUUUCUCAUUCUUUCAAAGAUUUUCUCACUUUUCCUUCAACAAGUUCUAGACUUUUUCUCUCUCUUUUUUGUUUGUAAACAAUCUUUUCUUUUCUUUUUUGUGUCAAGAGAUGGCACAAAUUGAAGUUGAAGGCCAAAUCUCUUUGACAAUUGAUGAUGACGAAAUUUCAGAUUGUGGGUCAGUGUCCGAUGAAACAAGCCCUCCUAGCGAUCCCUUUUGGUGUUUCAAAAGAGAUGGAUUGGUUGAAGUUUCAGAAGGGAGUCCUGAGCAUCACAUAUUGAGGGGUAGUUUUCUCGUGGGCAUGAGGCCUGUGGCUAAGCAAACCAAUGUUGUGGCAAUACACAAGAACUCUUCUUCUAGUUUGACGAGGAAAGCGAGAUUCGAUUCUUUUCAGCUUUUCGUGGAGGCCGUGGCGGAGAAGUGUGGUGGCAAUGCUCAAGAGAGGUAUGCAUGGUAUGGUGGUACGAGGGAGGAACUUCUUGAAAUCGUGAAACAUGGAUUCAGUCGUUGUGGAAAGCCUGUACAUGGCCAGUCUUAUGGUGUUGGUGUUCAUUUGGCUUCUGCCAAAUAUCCGAUGGAAGAUGCUUUAUCCUCUGAAGUUGAUGAGUAUGGGUUAAGGCAUGUUUUACUAUGCCGGGUCAUACUGGGGGACAUGGAAGUGGUUUCUCCUGGUUCCAACCAAUUUCAUCCAAGUUCUCAGAAAUUCGACUCUGGUGUCGACAAUCUAUCAGAUCCUAGAAGAUAUAUUGUGUGGAGUGCUUAUAUGAACUCUCACAUUUUUCCUACUUUCAUGAUAAGUUUCAAGGCCCCAUCCUUAAAAGAUUUUCAAGGUUUGCUGCAAGCAAAUGUUCCUAGAGCAAAUGUUCCGAAACCCACAACUCCGUGGAUGAGUUUUCCUGCUCUGAUAACCAUACUUUCAAGGUUCUUAGAUCCUUCUAAAAUGGCAUUGAUCAACAAAUGCUAUAAGGAUUUCAGGGAGAGAAAGAUCAGGCGACAAGAAUUUAUACGAAAGUUGAGGAUAGCCACCGGAGACAAGUUGUUAGCUACAAUAGUUAAACGUCACAGACAAGGAGGCGUUUGAUGCUGAUAUAAUGAAGCAAAAUACAAAUAGUUGCAGUACAGAAUCUACCGAUGCUAAGGGUACAAGAUCAAUGUUUGCGGCGAAUAUAUGGUGAUAGUGAAGAUUUGAGUCCUCAUUAGAAAAUAAGUUUGUUAGUUUGGAUUUUUUGUUUCAAGUUGUUCUUAAAGAUGAUUGGUUUUGUUUACCAUGGUUGUUGUAAUGGGAAAUAUAUGACUUUAGUACUUAUUUGCUUCUUCUUUU